UGGGGCGCGAGCGAAACGCACGCCACGUGCCGCUCUCGCUCUCUCUAGCUCUCUCUCUCUCUCUCUCUCUCUCGCUCUCUCUCUGCGAAUGACAACAUCGCCAUGCCUUCAGUUUGAGUGUGAACGUGUGUGCGUGUGCGUGCGUUCGUGCGUGCGGGCGAUCGAUCCUGUGCGCAAGCCGUUGUGUACGGUAUAUAGCGCCAGCUUUUUCCGCUACGUGAGAAACCGACGUCAGAGACGAAAACUCCGCCAAUGAUGGGCGGAUUGAGAGAACGCUGUAAUCGCAAUUAACGUCGUCAGGGUAAUUUGUCUGCCGUGUCGGGUGGCGUGGCUUUGCUGCCGACGACGAAAAUGUAGACGCUCGUGUAUAUUCGUGCAUAUAAGGAGAUCAUAGCGUUACUGACCACCUUACAGGAUUCCUAAAUGGCUUCAAAGAAGGCAAAGAUGUCGUGUACGAAGGUGUCGAAGCAGCUCUCUGUCGAGAGUGACACGGAGCAACGAUUCAAAGAGAUGGAUCUAGAGGAACUCUACACACGCUACUGCUUGCGCCUGAAGCACUCGUUGUUCAUGGCACUUCUGAUCCUCGUCACUAUCUACGGAGUUACGUUCAUUAUCUUCAUCGUCGCCUUUGAUAAUGGGGACCACAUGGACAUUCUACCGCAGCUGAUCACGCUGAGCAUUACAACGGGCCUCACCUUAUUGCUCUCCGUCUGCGUCAGUGUGGAGGCGCUCUUCCGCCGCUUCGCACUGUGCAUGGCCGUCCUCACGUGGAUGUGUCUCCUCGCUGUCGUAUUCGUACCGAUGGUCGUGACCAGCCACCCACAGGUGACGGACGAUGUAGCGUUUAUGAUGGCCAGCAUUCUCUUCAUACACACGAUGAUGCCCGUAAACAGGAUGCAAGCAGUACUGGCAGGCGCCGGCAGUGCCGCUGCGCACCUCAUCAUAUCCGGGCUGCUUGCCAAGGACACGGGCUGCCUUGCCAAGCAGUUGGUUGCAAACGGAGUGAUAUUCCUCUGCAUGAAUCUGGCUGGUCUCUAUCACAAGUGGAUGACGGACAUCGCUCACCGGCACACGUUCCUCGACACACGUAACUGCAUCGAGUCUAGAAUGAAGCUGGAAUACGAGAAGGAGCAGCAGGAACAGCUGCUGCUCAGCGUCAUACCGGCAUACAUCAUGGCCGUGGUGAAGCGCGCCAUCAUGCAGAAGAUGCACGCGUCAAACGUCGACCUGUCGCGCCGACAGUCGUCGCUACCGACGAGCAUGUUCCACGACAUGUACGUGCAGCUGCAUAAGAACGUCAGCAUUUUGUAUGCGGACAUAGUUAACUUCACACCGCUGGCAGAAAGCAUGAAAGAGCAGCCCGCGGACUUGGUGAAGAUACUGAAUGAGCUUUUUGGGAGGUUUGAUAAGAUAGCACAGGAAAAUCAAUGCAUGCGGAUAAAGAUUCUCGGGGAUUGCUAUUACUGUGUGUCGGGCCUGCCAAUUUCCAGACCGAAUCAUGCGUCAAACUGCGUCAAGAUGGGGCUGGACAUGAUCGAAGCGAUCCGGGACAUCAGGGAGGCUACUGAGGUCGAGGUUGACAUGCGGAUUGGCGUUCAUACCGGUGACGUGCUGUGUGGAGUCAUCGGUCUGCGAAAGUGGCAGUACGACGUCUGGUCUGAUGAUGUCACUACCGCCAACCACAUGGAGUCCUCCGGCACACCAGGGAGGGUGCACAUCACGGGAUCUACGUACAUGCAACUUGAUGGCAAGUGGAAGGUGACCCCAGGCCCACCUGACGAUUACCUUCGCGAACGAAACAUCGAUAACUAUUUGAUCAUCUCACCGGAAGACAAUGAGCAGAAGCAGAAGGAUAUUAGCGUACAGGAUAGCGGCCGUGGAUCAAUGAGAGUUGCCAAGUACCUAGAGUCCUGGGGCGCCGACAAACCGUUUGCUAACAUUGCGGAAGGAGUUGCUGGCAAGAAUGCACAGCUUACCAGCAUGGCCCUGCUUGAAUCAAAUCUCAUACGGUCCCGAAGAAACACCUGCUGGAAUAUCAAGCAGUGGUUUACGGCCGAAGAUGUUCAUCCUCUACUGCUAUACUUCCUGAAUCCGGGCAUGGAGUCACAGUAUCACCGGCAACCUGAUCCGCUCUUCAAGUACUACGUCGCCUGUGAUGCCAUGAUCUUUCUCGCCGUGUUCAUCAUACAGCUCUUCUUCAUGCCCAAGAGCCUGGCGAUGUAUAUAUCAUACGGUGGCGUUCUGUUCUUGUUCGGAGUUGUGCUGUUCGUGUCGUGGGCGGAUACCUUCGCCAACAUUAAAUCUCAUAGUCAAUCAGCACUGUCUUCGAUAUCAAAUGUCGUCACAGCUAGUCCGUGGCUCCGUCUUUUUAUAGCCAUAGUCACGAUGGCUGUUAUAGCAGCUGCAGCCAUCCUCACAGUCGUUGAUUGUGAACAAGACACUCCCGUUGCCGGAUCGUUGCUUUACAACGACAGUAGUUACGGUAUAGUUUCUGCUGACGGCUUCACAGCGCAGCCGGCAACACUAGAAGCUGUCGUCACGUACAAUGACAGCCCCGCUGCAUCAGUAGCUGCUACCACGAAUGUUUGCAUCGACCAAGACUGUUAUUUUUUACCAUAUUACGUGUACUGCUGCAUGCUGGCUCUCAUGGCCUGCUCAGUGUUUCUGCAGAUCAAUUUUCUGCUAAAGUUGGUUGUCAUGGUGGUCAUCUUUGUCGUGUACAACGUCACCUUCCUGGUGCUGGAGUACGACCUGUUUGUAAAUGAGCCUGAGGGAACAGUAUUCACGCGAGCGCUGCUCAUCAUGAAUUUGCCUAUACAAAGUUCUCUCUACCUGGCGCUGUUUCUUCUUACCCUUCACGUGAUAGACAGGAAGGGAGAGUACACAUCGCGGUUGGACUUCUUGUGGAAGUCGAAGUUCCGGUCGGAGCGCGAAGAAGUGGAGAUAACUGGAGAUGUUAACAAGAUCCUGCUGGAAAACAUUCUGCCCGCGCACGUCGCAUUGCACUUCCUCUCGUCGGAGCGACGUACUGAUGAGCUAUACCAUCAGCAGUAUAAGAGUGCAACUGUGUUGUUUGCAUCCAUACCGAAUUUCUUUAAGGAAUUCUACAUGCAAAACGCGAUCACAAAGGAUGGUUUGGAAUGCCUUAGAGUUCUGAAUGAGAUUAUUUAUGACUUCGACAAGUUAUUACUGAAACCGAAGUUUUGCGGUGUAGAAAAGAUAAAGACAAUAGGCAGCACCUACAUGGCAGCAGCGGGCUUAGUUCCAGGACAGGAGAAUACCCAGCAGGAUUCUGAUCACCAUGUGAUUGUGAUGUUGGAAUUUGCUUUUGCGAUGAUAUCAGUUUUGAAUCAAUUUAAUAAAGACUCGUUCAACGAUUUCAAACUGCGCAUGGGAAUGAGCCACGGAGAAGUGAUAGCGGGAGUCGUUGGCGCGCAGAAGCCACAGUACGACAUUUGGGGAAACACGGUGAAUCUGUCGAGCCGCAUGGACAGUCACGGCACUGUCGGCAGACUACAGGUGACAGCGAAUACGGCAGACGUGCUGCAGGCACACGACUACGAGUGCGUGUGCCGUGGACUGAUCAACGUGAAAGGGCGCGGCAUGCUCACCACCUACUACGUAAAGACGCCCAACGACAACGCGGACGACCUGAAGGACGUUCGAAUAUCGCAGCUCUGAUCGACAACGCAAUCAUAGACGUAGAUAACUAUUAUUGCUAGUAUUAUCAAAUAUAUUUUAAUAAUUGUUGGCAUUAAUGUGAGAUGGUUAUUAUAUACGUCUAUGGGCGCGAUGGGGACGACUCGUGACGUCAGCAAUCGACAUGCGUUCGUGAGCGGAUCAGGAGCGGUCACGUGGUUCCAGUCGAGGCAGUACCAGAAAUACAGUGACUCGUCUUUGGCCGGCUCGUCUGCUUUGCGUGUCUGCUCUUUACCGCCCCAGUCUAUAUCGCUCCACAUAAUAUAUAUAUAUAUAUAUAUAUAUAUAUAUAUAUAUAUAUAUAUAUAUAUAUAUAUAUAUAUAUAUAUAUAUACGUAUAUACUUAUAUACAUCGUUUAUAAUAAGGGGCAAGCUUGUCAAAUUGUCUAUUGUGGUGUCAGUAGGGUUUUCGCAACACCUAAACCACGAAUUGUUCAUGGAAUGUGAAAACAAGUAAACUGUGUGCAUACGUGAAAUACCUAAAUCUAUGAAACCAUAUAUCCAGAUAGCUAAUGCAGUGGCGAUAUUAGUAUUGUUAUAUGUGCACUGAUUUUUUUUUAAUCACGGAUAGCAUUUAUAUUUAUGACUCAUGUAUGACGCAUAUAAAAUAUACAAUUUAAGCGCCUGUCUAAA